AUGACUGGAGUCAACAUCCAUCUCGACGGGAGCAUUGGCUGCUUCUUCGCUGGUAUUCUCUUCUCGGGCAUAUUGUACGGAUGCACCUGUGCGCAGGUUCUGUAUUACAUCAAGGAAUACCCAAGGGACUCGAAAGUACUGAAGCUUUUGGUCGCUUUUGUAUGGGCGCUGGAUACGGCGACCACGAUAGCGAAUAGCCAGGUUCUCUGGUACUACACGGUUUCCAACCACCAGAAUCCAGUAGCACUUGAAUACGCGCCCCGGUCUUUCAGGGCCCAAUACAGUCUUUCGGCGAUCUCUGUGUUCGUAGUACAAUGCCACUACUUGUCCACUAUCUGGCGCAUGUUGACCGAAAAGUGGUAUCGGCUCCCUAUGUUGUCAAUGGCUGUUUUAAUAUCUGUUAUUUCUUUGGCUUGUGGCCUUGCCGAUGUGUAUAUCACUACCUCAGAUAAUUUUGUCCCCAUUGCCUUCGCCCGGGUCAAGAUUCCUGCCUAUUUGCAAACCAUCGCGGCUUGCAUUACGGACGUCUUCAUCACUGUCUCGUUGUGCUGGAUAUUGCGCGGCAAGCGGACGGGGCUUGCUCAGUCGGAGAGCCGGAUCUGGUGGUUGACGUUCUCAAUGGUCAAUCGAGGCGUCUUAACGGCUGUACUACAGAUCGUAGUACUUGUAACUUAUGCCGCCUUGGAGAACAGUAACGUUCUUCUAUGGCUGGUCUUCCACUUCCCUGGCACGCAGAUCUACACGAACUCGUUGCUCGCUGUCCUGAACGUCAGGCACUUCGUGCUUGAGAGCAAACGAACAAAGUUUCCAUCUCUCAAGUCGGCUAUACCGCUGUCAAAGGUCAAGCGCACUGCAGCCGCUCCUGAGUAUGGGGGCGGUAGCGGCAGUUACAGCAGCCAGCAGCAGCAAUCUGUUCUGCCCACGGUCAUCACCAUCUCAACUGACGUCGUCCGCGACGGCGAGGUGCAGAUAGAGAGGAACGCCGCCGCCGGCUACGUAAAGUCGACGGCCUGGUGA